AUGCUCGAAAUAGCGUGCUUCAACACCUCAUCGGCUAUCGCAGCCGCGAAAGCAGGUGCGGAUCGUGUCGAACUCUGCGCCAACUAUGCUGCUGGUGGAGUCACGCCCCCACUCGCCUCUCUUCUUAGCAUCUGCUCAGCAACCACGAUACCGAUCAAUAUAAUGAUCCGACCCCGAGCAGGAGACUUCGUCUACACCCAAGAAGAAUUUGCCCAAAUGCAAGCAGAUAUUGAGCGUUUCAAGCUUUCAGCAAGUGGAUUUGUGUUUGGUAUCCUAGAUCCCAACAACCGCGUAGACAAAGUCCGGAAUAAAGAGCUUGUCGAGCUCGCUGCUCCGCUUCCAUGCACGUUUCAUCGCGCCAUCGACGAGGUCCAGGAUCUAGAUGAAGCGGUAAAUACAGUCAUUGGAUGCGGGUUUACAAGCAUAUUAACAAGCGGUGGUAUGAAGAAUGCGGUCGAGGGUGCUGAUAGAGUCGCGUUUUUGCAGGCGAAGCUCGGAAGCCAGAUCACUUUCAUCCUUGGUGGCGGCGUCAGAAGCACAAACGCGGAGCAACUCAAGCGUAACACUGGCGUGAAAUGGGUUCACUCAGCUGCGAUCAUCAAAGCCGGUGAAGAAAUGGACGAGAGAGAGGCUAGGAAACUGCAAGAGGUCCUCCAAAGAUAG